AUGUCGACACCAAUUCUCCUACAGCCACCACCCUUAGAGGUAACCCAACAAGCAUACACAACCCAUUCAGGUCACGGGUCGAUGGGACCCGUCAUUGCGGUUCUGGCAGUCAUCACUGUUCUGGGUAUCAUUGCUGGUAUGAUUGGUAGGCUUUGUUCGGGUGGUCGCGUCAUGGGGUAUGGCGAAUACGACAUUGAAUCAUGGAUUCAAACCAAAUGUUCUUCUUGUGUAGGCAGCAGAGUAGCCCCUCCUCCACCACCGCCGGUGAAUGAACCCGACGCUAUUCAGGAUUCUCAAGAGAUAAAAGAAGAUCAACACUCACAACAAGAAUCCAGGCAAAGCUCACUUGGUCAUAAUAGUAGUUAA